AUGUCAUUCAUAGCUGCUAUUGGAUUUUUUGGCACUACUGUCAGCCUCAUUACCUUCUGAAAACAUGCUGUGUGUUCAGCCAUCAGCUUUCUGUUAGCAGCCCUAGCCUUUUUGACCUCAUGCUGUCCUGCAGCUAUGGCUGCUAUAACGAACUGGACAUUUGGGGCUCAUUUCUGUCAAGUAUCAGCUGUACUCUAUUGAUUAUUUGUCUUGGAAGGAGUUGCUCUUUUGAUGAUUAGUGUGGACCAUUUUCUGACCCCUGUCUAAAGGCAAAAUAACAACUCUUUCCAUUCCUUUCAGCAGCAUGCUGGAUAUCACACCCUGAACACUAUCUGUAGGAGUGUCAUGAGGAUCCACCAACAUGCUAACAGCCUUUGCUUCAUCCAACCAAGGGAACAAAGUUGACUGGCAGGUCUGCAGAAACCUCAUCAGAUGAAUGUAGACAUGAGGUCCAAAGCACAAACCCUCCACUAG